UACAGUGAUAAAUAUUUUAUUCUGCGCGUAUAUAUAUAUAUUAUUGUCAAUAAAAAUAAUAAUAUUUCAAGUCUUUCCAAGAUAAAAAUCUGUUACGACAAUAAUUCUUAGAGUAAAGUAAAAUUCGACUUUUUCAUACAAUAAAAGAGAAGUUUGAUAGUCAAAUUUUGUGAAAAUAAAAUCACACAGCAAUUUACAACAUUUUUAACAGUAAUAGAAUCCUUGAAAAAACACAAAUCACACACCAGAAGAUACAAUACAUUCAUAGGAAAGAGGUGAAGAAAAUUUAGAAGAUUUAAAGAAACCGAAGAAAUGUUAUACAAUCAAAGAUGUACACAAUCACUUUCAAUUAAAUUAAUCCAUAUCAUUGGAAUAAUUUUAUGCCUUAGUAUACAGAUCAGUGGAUUAGCUUUAACUGCCAAUGGGAUAUUGAUAAAAGGCCUAAAGUUUACACGACCAUGUCCAGAAGAGAAUUACAGAUUUCAUAAUGAACACUUCUAUCUCUUGUUCUACUUGACAGUAGAAGUCAAUCAAAGUUGUCUGAAGUCAUCGCAAAAGAAUUCAAGUACACUAUCAUUUUUUGAACUGUGAUUGGGAAUAUUUAUAUAAAAAAAAAAGAAAAUCAUAUUCGUUUGUUUAUUUGCUUUCAUUUGUUUGUUUGUUUGUUUCCAUUGUCUCUUCAAAUCAUUCUUUCAUUCCAGUGAAAUACACAAAUACAAGGUAUAUUUUUAUGAUUUAUCACUUUAAACAGAGCAUUUUAAAGCAAAAUGAUUAAAAUAUAUAUAUAUAUUAUUGAUGUCAUGAUUUCUUUUCUAUUCACUGAUAUUCUUUCUAUGUAGUCGAUGUCUGGCGUAAUUGUUUGUUUGUUUUUUUCUUACUGAAUUGCAUUCUUUACCAAUAAUUAACGUU